AUCUCUCUUUCCUUCUUUUUCUCUCUCCCAUCGAAACUUCUCCUCUCUUCGCACCGUCUUCUCUCUCUCUUAAAUCCCCAAUUUUCUCUCUCUUUACAUACAUUUUCUCUCCCCCUCUCUCUGCAUACCCACAUGUUGCUUUUUUACGCCCUCUCUCUCGAAUCGGAACUUCACUUGUCUUCACUGUGUCUUCUGUCUCUCUCUCUCUCCACAGUCGCCAACUUUCUCUCUCCUUAUAUUUUGAUGUUUCUCGGAUAACUCACCGAAUAACUUUAGAUUGAUCAAUCGGAAAGAUGUUGGAAGAUCAGGUUGCAAAUCUGCUGCAGAGGUAUCUUGGGAAUUAUGUGAAAGGUCUCAAUAAAGAAGCUCUCAAGAUCAGUGUCUGGCGAGGUGAUGUAGAGUUGACAAAUAUGCAACUGAAGCCAGAGGCACUCAAUGCGUUAAAGCUGCCCGUGAAGGUUAAGGCGGGAUUUCUUGGAUCAGUGAAGCUCAAGGUCCCAUGGAGCAGGCUUGGCCAGGAGCCGGUUGUAGUUUACCUGGAUCGCAUUUUUUUAUUAGCUGAACCUGCAACCCAAGUUGAAGGGUGCAGUGAGGAUGCUGUCCAAGAAAUUAAGAAAAGUCGAAUACGGGAGAUGGAAGAGAAGCUGUUGGAGAGUAAGCAUCUAUUACAGUCAGAAUCGAAUAAAUCGUGGCUGGGGUCCUUGAUUAACACAAUAAUUGGGAACUUGAAGCUUUCCAUUUCAAAUGUUCAUAUCAGAUAUGAGGAUCUUGAGAGCAAUCCUGGUCACCCAUUUGCAGCUGGUGUAACCCUGGAGAAACUCUCGGCGGUGACAGUUGAUGAUAGUGGGAAGGAGACGUUUGUUACAGGGGGCGCACUAGAGCGUAUUCAGAAGUCUGUUGAGCUUGAACGGCUAGCUGUUUAUUUGGAUUCUGAUAUUUGUCCAUGGCAUGUAGACAAACCAUGGGGGGAUUUACUACCCUUGGAAUGGGUUCAGGUUUUCAAAUUUGGCACGAAGGAUGGUAAGCCGGCUGAUGAUCUUAUUAAAAAACACACCUACAUUCUGCAACCGGUGACUGGAAAUGCAAAGUACUCAAAACUGCGGCCAAAUGUAUCUGUUAAUAGUGGUCAACCUCUCCAGAAAGCAGCAGUGAACUUGGAUGAUGUGACACUAUGUUUAUCGAAGAACGGUUACAGGGAUAUAUUAAAAUUAGCUGAUAACUUUGCUGCAUUUAAUCAACGCUUGAAAUAUGCUCAUUACCGCCCAGUUGUCUCUGUGAAAUCCGAUCCUAGGUCUUGGUGGAAGUAUGCUUACAAAGUUGUGUCUGACCAGAUGAAAAAGGCGAGUGGGAAAUUGUCAUGGGAACAGGUCCUGAGGUAUGCAAGCCUACGUAAGAGAUAUGUUUCUCUCUACGCUGCACUGCUGAAAGCUGAUGUCAGUCGGGAAGUAGUCGAUGACAACAAAGACAUUGAGGAGCUAGAUCGUGAACUUGACAUUGAACUCAUACUUCAGUGGAGAAUGUUGGCCCACAAGUUUGUAGAGCAGUCAAUGGAGUCAGACCUUUACUUGAAAAAACAGAAAGCAAAGAAAUCAUGGUGGUCAUUUGGAUGGAAUAGUCAAGCUGUUAACGAUGAAAGUGAACCAGGGUAUUUUACUGAGGAGGACUGGGAACAAUUAAACAAAAUCAUUGGGUACAAGGAAGAUGAUGAUGGGCAGUUGCUGACAACCCAAGACAAGGGGGAUGUGCUUCACACUUCGUUGGAGGUUCACAUGAAACAUAAUGCUUCAAAGCUUACUGAUGUGCUGGAGUGUCUUGCUGAGUUAUCCUGUGAAAAUCUUGAUUGCUUUAUAAAGCUUUAUCCCGAGGCAAAAGUUUUUGACUUGAAAUUGGGUUCAUAUCAGUUGUCAUCACCAAACGGUCUCCUUGCGGAGAGUGCGAGUACCUAUGACUCUUUAGUUGGUGUCUUUUGCUAUAAGCCAUUUGAUGCUAAUGUGGAUUGGAGUAUGGUUGCUAAAGCUUCUCCUUGUUAUGUGACUUAUCUGAAGGAUUCCAUUGAUCAAAUUACCAGUUUUUUUGAGAGCAAUGCUGCUAUUAGUCAGACCAUAGCUUUGGAAACUGCUGCUGCUGUGCAGAUGACAAUUGAUGAAGUUAAGCGCACUGCACAGCAACAAGUGAACAGAGCAUUGAAAGAUCAUGCCAGGUUUUUAUUGGACUUGGAUAUUGCGGCUCCUAAGAUUACCAUUCCCACCAACUUCCACCCGGAUAAUAAACAUUCAACCAAACUUCUGCUUGACUUGGGAAACUUAAUCAUUCGUAGUCAGGAUGACCGUGAAAGGGGUUCACCUGACGAGAUGAAUAUGUACUUGCAAUUUGACCUGGUUUUGAGCGAUGUAUCUGCUUUUUUGGUUGAUGGUGAUUAUCGAUGGAGUGAAACCUCUCAGUUAAGUGUUGUUAGUUUCUUGCCUGUUAUUGACAAGUGUGGUGUAGUUCUAAAGUUUCAACAGAUCCGAUCAGAGAACCCUUCCUAUCCUUCAACAAGACUCGCUAUGCGACUUCCAUCCCUUGGGUUUCAUUUCUCCCCUGCUCGUUAUCAUCGGUUGAUGCAAGUUGCAAAGAUAUUUCAGGAAGUGGAUAGUGAGAAUGAAGAUGUCAUUCGCCCUUGGAAUCAAGCUGAUUUUGAGGGGUGGUUGUCUAUUCUUAGUUGGCAGGGUGUGGGAAGCAGGGAAGCUGUAUGGAAACGGAGAUACUUAUGUUUAGUUGGGCCUUUUCUAUAUGUACUUGAAAGCCUUGGCUCUAAAUCCUACAAGCAGUGUCUCAGCCUACGAGGGAAACAACUACAUCAAGUUCCAGAAGAAAUUGUUGGCAAUGUGGAAGAUGUAUUGGCUAUUACGGAUACUUCACGAUCUAAUAGCAAGGUCGUGGAAGAUGUAAACGCCUUAAUAUUACGGUGCGACUCCAAUGAUUCAAGGAGAACUUGGCAGACCCGUCUGCAGGGUGCUAUUUAUCGUGCAUCGGGUUCUGCUCCUGUCACUGGUUUAUCAGAAACUUCAUCAGAUGCUGAUGACUCAGAAACAGAAAUUGCUAACCGUGAGGUAACAGAUAUGUCAAAGAUGGAGAGAAUGUUUAUAGCCGGUGAGCUUGAUGAGUUGAAGAUAUGUUUCAGUUAUAACGGUCAGCAUGAUCAAAGUUUCAUGGAAGUGCUUCUAGCUGACGAGAGUCGUUUAUUUGAAUUCCGAGCGAUAGGUGGUCGGGUCGAGCUUUCAAUGAGAGAGAAGGACCUGUUCGUUGGCAUGAUCCUGAAAUCUUUGGAAAUAGAAGAUUUAGUUAGCUGCAAAGGAAUUUCUCAGCCUUGUUAUUUGGCAAGAUCGUUCAUGUGGAGUGCAGAUGCGAUAUCGGUUUCCGAUGAUUUUGGGAAUCAGAGUAGCGAUGGAGAUGAUAGGUUUUAUGAGGCAUCGGAGAAUCUUAGUGAUUCUGUUGAUAGUCCAGCACGGUCAGCGCGAAAAAUAUCUGAGUACCUGAGUUACCAAAACUCUCUCUCCUCUGAAAAGUCAACUUUGACGUCACCUGGUUUUGAUCGUGUUACUGGCUUGCUUCCUGACGACAUUGUUCAAACUGGAAGUGAUCUAAUGGAACUUACUGAUACAUUGGAUAGUUUUGUGAGAGCUCAGAUAAUUAUUUAUGACCAGAACUCGCAUCUAUAUAAUAGUGUUGAUAAACGGGUUACAGUGACCCUUUCCACCUUGUCCUUCUUUUGUCGUAGACCUACAAUACUAGCUAUUAUGGAAUUUGUUAAUGCUGUUAAUGUUAAGGAUGAAAGCUGUGAAUCUUUUGGUGACAAUUCUUCAAUAGCCAUUGUGCAUCAUGAUAGUUCCAGGGAAGAUGUGGUUGAUAAUUUGCAGUCAACUACAGUUGAGGAGCCUGUAGUUGUUAAAGGUUUGCUAGGGAAGGGGAAAUCCAGAAUUAUUUUCUAUCUAACAUUGAAAAUGGCUCGUGCUCAGAUUUUGUUGAUGAAUGAAAAUGGAACUAAGCUUGCUACUCUGUCCCAAGAUAAUUUAUUAACUGAUAUUAAGGUGUUUCCAUCUUCUUUUAGUAUAAAGGCAGCCCUAGGAAAUUUGAGAAUUAGUGAUGACAGUCUUCGAAGCGACCAUGUUUAUUUCUGGGUCUGUGAUAUGAGAAAUCCUGGUGGUAGUUCAUUUGUGGAGUUGGUCUUUAGUUCACACAAUGCUGAUGAUGAAGACUAUGAUGGUUAUGAUUUUAGCCUUCAUGGGCAGCUUUCGGAAGUACGUGUUGUUUAUCUGAAUCGCUUUAUUCAGGAGAUUGUUAGUUACUUCAUGGGCCUUGUUCCCAGCAAUUCAAGGGAAGUUGUAAAAAUAAAGGAUCAAGUAACAAACUCGGAGAAGUGGUUCACAACAAGCGAAAUUGAAGGAUCACCUGCUGUAAAGUUGAAUCUUUCACUUAGGAAGCCUAUAAUAGUAAUGCCUCAGAGAACGGAUAGCCUUGAAUAUCUGAAGCUUGAUGUUGUUCAUAUUACUGUCCAGAACACCUUUCAAUGGUUUUGUGGCAGUAAGAGUGAAAUGAAUGCUGUUCAUGUUGAAAUAUUAACAGUUAUGGUUGAAGACGUCAAUUUAAAUGUCUACACUGGAACAGAAUUGGGUGAAAGUAUAAUUCAAGAUGUGGAGGGGGUCUGUAUUGUUAUUCGUAGGUCACUAAGAGAUUUGUUGCAUCAGAUACCAAGUACUGAAGCUCAAAUUAAGAUAGAAGAACUGAAGGCAGCCAUGUCUAACCGAGAAUACCAGAUAAUUACAGAAUGUGCAGUGUCUAAUAUCUCAGAGACUCCAAAUACGGUGCCCCCAUUAAACCAUGAUUCUGUUACAUCUCGGGUUGAUUUGGUGGAAACUCUAGUCCCUCAUGAUUCAGAUGCUGACGAAUCUGAAACUCAAAUCCGUGAAACCUGGAUUUCCAUGAAGGUUUCUGUUGUCAUUAAUCUGGUGGAAUUAUGUCUGCAUCAUGGCAUAACUAGAGAUACAUCUCUGGCUACUGUGCAGGUUAGUGGUGCUUGGCUUCUUUACAAAUCUAACACACUAGGAGAAGGUUUUUUGUCAGCGACACUUAAGGAUUUUACAGUGAUUGAUGAUCGUGAGGGGAUUGAACAAGAACUAAGGCUGGCAAUAGGAAUGUCCAAGAGCAUUGGGUACAGUCCUUUACAGUUUCUGACUGAUGAAGAAGAUGAUCACAUGAUUGGGACACAAAAUAAUGGCGUAAAACCAGUUCCUGCUAUGCUUAUUUUUGAUGCCAAAUUUAGUCAAAAUUCCACAUCUAUUUCUUUAUGCAUCCAAAGGCCUCAAUUGCUUGUUGCACUUGAUUUUCUGCUGGCUGUUGUGGAAUUUUUUGUUCCAACAGUUCGAAGUAUGCUGUCGAAUGAAGAAGAUGAGAAUUCCUUACAUAUAGUUGACGCUCUCAUUCUGGAUCAGUCAAAUUUCUGUCAACCAUCAGCUGAAUUCUCAAUGUCUCCUCAGCAACCGUUGGUUGCUGAUGAUGAAAGAUUUGACCACUUUAUAUAUGAUGGUAGAGGUGGAACAUUGUAUUUAAAAGACAGGAGGGGAUUCAUUCUCUCUUCCCCUAGCACAGAAGCUAUAAUUUAUGUUGGAAACGGAAAAAGAUUGCAAUUCAAAAACGUGAUUAUCAAGAAUGGACAGUAUUUGGAUUCAUGUAUUUCACUGGGAACCAACAGUAGCUAUUCUGCUUCAGAGGAUGAUAAGGUAUAUUUAGGUACUGGGGAUGAUUGUCACCUUCAGAAUGCUGCAGGAGAAAGUUCAAAUGAUUUUCCAUCUAAAAGUGUUGCUGUUGGUAGAUCCACAGAGUUUAGCAUUGAGUUACAGGCUAUUGGUCCAGAGCUUACCUUUUACAAUAUAUCAAAAGAUGUGGGAGAAUCUCUUGUCCUCUCUAACAAACUUUUGCAUGCACAGUUGGAUGCAUUCUGCAGGGUUGUUUUGAAGGGUGACACAAUCGAAAUGAGUGCAAAUGCACUGGGAUUAACAAUGGAGAGCAAUGGAAUCAGAAUUUUGGAGCCUUUCGACACCACUAUGAAGUUUUCAAAUGCUGCUGGAAAGACAAAUAUUCAUAUAUCUGUUUCAGAUGUAUUUAUGAAUAUUUCUUUCAGCAUAUUGAGACUAUUUUUAGCAGUUGAGGAGGACAUUUUGGCAUUUCUGAGAAUGUCAUCAAAGAAAAUGACAAUAGUGUGCUCUGAGUUUGAUAAAAUUGGAACAAUUGAAAAUCCCUAUAGUGACCAAACAUUUGUGUUUUGGAGACCUCGAGCGCCACCCGGUUUUGCUGUUCUUGGCGACUAUCUGACACCACUUGAGAAGCCACCAACAAAAGGAGUUCUUGCUGUUAAUACUGGCCUUGCAAGAGUCAAGAGACCCAUAUCAUAUAAACUAGUGUGGCCCCCUUCUACUGGGGACUCUAAUUCUGAAGCUGUAGAUAAAGACAUUCUAACAACUCCUGUGCUCAAUGAUGGAGAUAAAAGCUGUUCUGUUUGGUUCCCUGAAGCGCCCAAAGGUUAUGUUGCAUUGGGUUGUGUAGUUUCUCUUGGAAGGGCACAACCUCCGAUAUCUUCUGCCUUCUGCAUCAUGGCUUCUUUAGUUUCUCCAUGUUCUCCAAAGGAUUGUAUCACAAUCAGCUCUAGCAAUCUAUACCAAUCACCUUUAGCAUUCUGGCGUAUAAAUAAUUCUGUUGGUACCUUCUUGCCGGCAGACCCCACAACACUGAGCUUGAUUGGUAGAGCAUAUGAAUUACGUCAUAUAUUGUUUGGGCUUCCUGGUAUAUCUUCGAAAGAAUCAAAGAGUUCAGGCAGCCAAGCAGUUCGUUCGGGUCAUGUUGACACGCUCCAGCCGGAAAGGUCAUCAACUGUAAACUAUGGGCACCGUUUUGAGGCUGUUGCUAGUUUUCGAUUGAUAUGGUGGAAUCAAGGUUCAAACUCUAAAAAGAAAUUAUCCAUAUGGCGUCCUGUAGUCCCUCAAGGAAUGGUAUAUUUAGGAGAUAUUGCUGUUCAAGGGUAUGAGCCUCCGAACACAUGCAUCGUUCUUCAUGAUUCUGGAGAUAAUGAGCUUUUCAAACCACCUCUGGAUUUUCAACUUGUUGGACAGAUAAAGAAACAGAAGGGAAUGGAGAGUAUUUCACUUUGGCUGCCUCAAGCUCCGCCAGGUUUUGUUUCAUUAGGCUGCAUUGCAUGUAAGGGCACACUAAAGCAAGCUGAUUUCACCUCAUUAAGAUGCAUGCGCAGUGAUAUGGUAACAGGGGAUCAAUUUUUGGAUGAAAGCUUGUGGGAUACAUCUGAUGCCAAGUUUGCAAAAGAACAAUUUAGUAUAUGGGCAGUUGGCAAUGAGUUGGGAACCUUCAUUAUUCGCAGUGGCCUCAAAAAACCUCCCAGAAGGUUUGCUCUAAAGCUUGCAGAUCCAAACAUACCAAGUGGUGCUGAUGAUACUGCUAUUGAUGCAGAAAUUAAAACAUUCUCUGCUGCAGUUUUUGAUGACUACGGUGGCUUGAUGGUUCCAUUGUUUAAUAUAUCUCUUAGCGGCAUAGGGUUUAGUUUACAUGGAAGACCGGGUUACUUGAAUUCCACUGUCAACUUUUCCUUGGCUGCCAGAUCAUACAAUGAUAAGUACGAGGCCUGGGAGCCUGUUGUUGAGCCAGUCGAUGGAUUCUUAAGGUACCAGUAUGAUCUCAAUGCUCCAGGUGUUGCUUCUCAGUUACGUCUUACCUGUACAAGGGAUCUGAACUUGAAUGUUUCAGUGUCUAAUGCUAAUAUGAUUUUUCAAGCUUAUUCAAGCUGGAACAAUCUUAGUCAUGUUCGUGAAACCCAUAGAAAAAUGGAAGCUGUUUCUCCAACUUCUGGUGGAAAACCUAUCAUUGAUAUUCAUCACAAAAGAAAUUAUUAUAUAGUACCGUGGAACAAACUAGGUCAGGACAUUUUUGUUCGAGCUACUGAAGUCAGGGGGCUUACGAACAUAAUAAAAAUGCCAUCUGGCUAUAUGAAGCCUCUAAAAGUUCCGGUUCUGAAAAAUAUGCUAGACUCCCACUUGAAAGGAAAUCUGUGCAAGAAAUUCAGAACAAUGGUGACAAUCAUUAUAGCAGAGGCAGUGUUCCCAAAAGUUGGUGGGCUCUUUUCUCAUCAAUAUAUUGUAGCAGUCCGUCUUACUCUAGACCAAAGCCUCCCAAAUGGAUCACUUUUGAAUCAACAAAGUGCACGCACAUGUGGAACCAGCUCAGAUUGCUCCAUAUCUUCUGAUUGCGAAUUGGUGUGCUGGAAUGAAAUGUUUUUCUUUAAAGUUGAUUCACCGGACUACUACAUGGUGGAAUUAAUAGUGACUGACGUCGGAAAAGGCAAUCCUGUUGGGUACUUUUCAGCUCCUCUGAAGGAGAUAGUACAAAACCAAGAUAGUUCACAUUUAAAUAAAUUGACCUGGAUAGACUUGUCCUCAAUGGAAUCUGCGAAUCAAGGAGAUAAAUUCAUGAAAUGUGGGAAAAUAAAAUUUGCUGUGCUCUUAUCACAUGUAUCUGAAGUUGAAAACAAUGAGCAAUCCUUCACUAGGGACAAAAAAACUGGUUUAAUUCAGAUCAGUCCUUCAAGGGAAGGACCUUGGACUACUGUGAGGCUGAACUAUGCUGCACCUGCUGCUUGUUGGAGGUUAGGCAAUGAUGUUGUUGCCAGUGAAGUAAGUGUGAAGGAUGGCAACAGAUAUGUAACUAUCAGAUCUCUGGUUUCAGUUCGUAACAAUACCGAGUUUACACUGGAUUUGUGCCUCAAACUCAGAGCUUCAUUAGACAAUGCAAGCGAGCCCGAGGAGAUACAAAGUGAUGGUAACAGAUUUGAAACAGAUGAGUUCUUUGAAACUGAAAAAUACAACCCAGCUAGUGGCUGGGUUGGUUGUGCUGUUCAACCUAACCCAGAUAACAUGGAAGAUGUGGGAUUUAAUCAGGGAGCUUUAGGAGUUGAGUUACCUGCAGGCUGGGAAUGGGUUGAUGAUUGGCAUUUAGAUAAGACUGCUGUUAACACCGCUGAUGGAUGGAUUUAUGCUUCAGAUCUUGAAAGUUUGAAUUGGCCUGAGUCUUAUAAUGCUUUAAAUUUUGCGAACUGUGCGAGGCAGAGGAGAUGGAUCAGAAACAGAAAAAAGGUUGCAGGGGAUUUACAGCAGCAAAUAUCUGUCGGACUACUGAAACCUGGAGAAACUGUUCCCCUUCCUCUAUCAGGCUUAACGCAGACUGGAUUAUAUUUUCUGCAGUUAAGGCCUUCAAAUUUCAAUAAUCCUAAUGAAUACUCUUGGAGUUCUGUGGCGGAAAGGCCUGGUCAGUCAGAGGAUUUUGGUAAGUCUAAAGAUAAUUCUAAAAUAUGGGUCUCAACUCUUGAAGAAACCGAUAAACUCUUGUAUUGCUCCAAAAUAAGUGGCACGUCAUCAAAUAGUUCCCGUGGAAUGUGGUUUUGUUUGAGCAUACAAGCAACAGAGGUUGCAAAAGACAUUCACUCUGAUCCUAUUCAGGAUUGGAGUCUUGUGGUCAAGCCCCCGCUAUCUAUCACCAAUUAUCUUCCCCUGACUGCUGAAUUUUCUGUUCUUGAGAUGCAAGCCAGUGGCCAUUUCCUUGCCUGCUCCAGAGGAAUAUUUUCUCCGGGGGAGGCUGUAAAGAUUCACAAUGCUGACAUAAGAAACCCUUUGUAUCUUUCACUGCUUCCACAAAGAGGAUGGCUGCCAGUAAAUGAGGCUGUUCUCUUAUCCCAUCCUAGCAUAGUUCCAGCGAGAACAAUAGGAUUAAGAAGUUCAGUUUCUGGAAGGAUAGCUCAGAUUAUUCUGGAACAAAACCAUGACAAAGAACAGCCCCUGCUGGCAAAGAUCAUUAGAGUCUAUUCGCCAUACUGGUUUUCGGUUGCAAGAUGUCCACCACUUACGUUUAGGCUUCUAGAUAUGACAGGGAGAAAAGAAACUCGGAAGAUUGCUCUCCCUUUUCAGUCGAAAAAGAACAAUGACAUAAUCUUUGAGGAAAUUACAGAAGAAGAAAUGUAUGAAGGACAUACAAUUGCUUCUGCAUUGAAUUUUAAAUUGUUGGGACUCUCAGUUUCAAUUACUCAAUCUGGCGAGGAACGAUUUGGACCGGCUAAAGAUCUUUCUCCACUUGGGGACAUGGAUGGAUCAUUGGAGAUCUGUGCCUAUGAUUCAGAUGGCAAUUGCAUGCAGCUGUUUAUAUGUUCAAAACCAUGCCCCUAUCAGUCUGUUCCAACAAAGGUGAUUUCUGUUCGACCAUUUGUAACUUUUACAAACAGACUUGGUCAAGAUAUAUUCAUGAAGUUAAGCAGUGAAGAUCAGCCAAAGAUUCUGCGCGCAUCUGAUUCUCGAGUAUCCUUUGUUUCUCGUGGAUUAGAUGCACCUAAUAAACUCCAGGUAAAACUAGAGGAUACAGAAUGGUCAUUUCCUGUUCAAAUCGAAAAAGAGGACACGAUCUCUCUGGUUUUGAGGAAACGUGACGGAACUCGGAGAUAUUUAAGGACAGAAAUUCGGGGCCACGAAGAAGGGUCACGUUUUAUUGUUGUUUUUCGCCUUGGAUCAACAAUUGGUCCUAUCAGGAUUGAGAACAGAACAAUCAAGAAAAUAAGCAUUCGCCAAUCUGGAUUUGGUGAUGAUUCCUGGAUUCAGUUAGAACCUCUUUCAACCACAAAUUUUGCUUGGGAAAAUCCAUAUGGAGAAAGACUUAUCGAUGCUGAGGUUAAUGAUGGCAAUAGCACCACAAUCUGGAAACUUGAUUUGGAUAAGACACGGUUAUAUUCAGCAGAUGAUGGAGCACUUGGAUUGUUUUUUCAUGUUGUUGAAAUGGGUGAUACCAAGGUUGCUAGGUUCAUAGAUGACAGGACACUUGGGUCGAGUUCAAAUGAAAUAAGUAGGUUCCCGGUACCUGUUGGAAAUUUGGGAAAUUCUUACAUGCAGAGCAAGAUGCCGGAUGAUGGAGCUCCUGUAGAACUUAUAGUUGAGCUGGCAGUUGUUGGGAUUUCUGUUGUAGAUCAUAGACCAAAAGAGCUUUCAUACUUGUAUCUGGAGAGGGUCUUCAUAUCCUAUUCAACUGGCUAUGAUGGUGGGACUACAAGCAGGUUCAAGCUCAUAUUGGGUUACUUACAGCUCGACAACCAGCUCCCUCUAACAUUGAUGCCUGUGCUGUUGGCACCUGAACAAACCACUGAUAUGCAUCAUCCAGUGUUCAAGACAACUAUAACAAUAUGCAAUGAGAACCCUGCAGGCCUCCAAGUGUACCCAUAUGUUUAUAUACGGGUAACUGAAAAGUGCUGGAGGCUCAACAUUCAUGAACCAAUUAUCUGGGCUUUGGUUGAUUUCUACAAUAAUCUUCAGCUACAUCGUGUUUCCCAAAAUUCUAAUGUCACGCAAGUCGAUCCAGAGAUACGUAUAGACCUAAUAGAUGUUUCAGAAGUAAGGCUUAAGGUCUCUCUGGAGACAGCACCAGAUCAAAGACCACAUGGAGUUCUAGGUGUGUGGAGCCCCAUACUGUCAGCUGUUGGAAAUGCAUUUAAAAUUCAGGUGCACCUGAGGAAGGUGGUGCAUAGAGACAAAUUUAUGCGGAAAAGUGCUGUCUUUCCUGCCAUUGGAAACCGUAUUUGGAGAGAUCUAAUUCAUAACCCUUUACAUUUGAUUUUUUCAGUGGAUGUACUUGGUAUGACAAGCUCAACAUUAGCUUCUCUUAGUAAAGGAUUUGCUGAGCUCUCAACAGAUGGACAGUUUCUACAAUUGCGUUCACAGCAGGUAUGGUCAAGAAGAGUAACAGGGUUAGGUGAUGGUAUCAUACAAGGAACAGAAGCUCUUGCACAAGGUGUUGCUUUUGGAGUGUCUGGAGUUGUGAGGAAGCCUGUGGAGAGUGCCAGACAGAAUGGUCUUCUUGGGCUUGCUCAUGGGCUAGGACAAGCUUUCCUGGGAAUCAUUGUACAACCAGUGAGUGGAGCGUUAGAUUUCUUUUCCUUGACUGUUGAUGGAAUUGGUGCAAGUUGCUCCAGAUGCUUAGAGGUUCUCAAUAAUAAGACCACCUUCCAGAGAAUUAGAAAUCCCCGGGCCAUUCAUGCGGAUAAUGUACUUAGAGAGUAUUGUGAGAGAGAAGCUGUCGGACAGAUGAUACUUUAUCUUGCAGAGACGAGUCGGCAUUUUGGAUGUACUGAAAUAUUCAAGGAGCCCUCAAAAUUUGCCUUGUCAGAUUAUUAUGAAGACCAUUUUGUCGUGCCUUACCAGAGGAUUGUUUUAGUCACUAAUAAACGAGUCAUGCUGUUGCAGUGUCUUGCACCUGACAAGAUGGAUAAAAAACCAUGCAAGAUAAUGUGGGAUGUGCCCUGGGAAGAGCUCAUGUCAGUGGAGUUGGCCAAAGCAGGCUGCCCCAGACCAUCUCACAUAAUUCUCCAUCUCAAAAAUUUUAGAAGAUCAGAAGCAUUUGUUAGAGUCAUAAAAUGCACUACUGAAGAAGAAUUAGAAGGAAGAGAAUCCCAAGCUCUUAGGAUCUGUUCAGUAGUGCGUAGAAUGUGGAAAGCACACCAGUCCAACAUGAAAAGCCUGACAUUGAAGGUUCCUUCAAGCCAGAGAUAUGUGUGCUUUUCUUGGAGUGAAACUAAUUGGAGAGACCCAUGCAACCAGAUCAAAGCCAUUACAAAGUCCAGAAAUCUCUCUUCGUCAAGUUCUGUAUCUGACGACGGGAGAUUUGUCAAACACACUAUCAAUUUCUCAAAGGUUUGGAGCAGUGAACAAGAAUCAAAAGGGCGACGCGCUUUAUGCCGGAAACAGGCUUUGGAAGAUGGUGGAAUAUGUAGCAUUUGGAGACCAGUAUGUCCUCACGGGUACGUCUCAGUUGGGGAUAUAGCUCGUGUUGGCAGCCAUCCUCCAAAUGUAGCUGCUGUGUAUCGUAAUAGUGACAAAUUGUUCUCACUUCCGGUGGGUUAUGACCUGGUUUGGAGGAAUUGCUUGGAUGACUACAAAAUGCCGGUAUCAAUUUGGCAUCCACGUGCUCCAGAGGGUUUUGUGUCCCUUGGAUGUGUUGCUGUAUGUGGUUUCUCAGAACCGGAAUCCGAUAUGAUAUACUGUGUGGCAGAGUCACUUGCUGAGGAGACUGUAUUUGAAGAGCAGAAGGUUUGGUCAGCACCAGAUUCGUAUCCCUGGGCAUGUCAUAUUUAUCAGGUAAAAAGCGAUGCUCUUCACUUUGAUGCCUUGAGGCAACCACGGAAUGAAUCUGACUGGAAGCCGAUGCGGGUUGUCAAUGACUCUUAGCAUUCACUACAACCAUCAGAAGCUCAAUGAUCAACAUGUUGCAAUUAUGAUGGGCCCUUCACAUUCUGGUUGCUGAGGAAUGUCCUCGGCUUAUACAAAAAUGGUUUUGAUUUGUGGUAUUUUACUCUACAACCAAGAAUAAGAAUAACAAGAUCAUCAACUCUAUAAUUCUUCAGAAGUUUGGGAAGCAGCUUCCUUUCCUGUUUUCCAUCGAGCGUGCUAGUUUCCAGGAAAGUACACGAAGCCGAGCAUUGUAGAAGAUACACACAAGUAAUAACAAAAAUCUGCCUUUACAAAUUAUGGAAGUUGGGGAAUGUUUGAACAGCUGUUUUGGGGUUGCAUGGACAAAAUUUUCGGUAUGAUCUCCCAAUAUGGGCCACAUUUGGCUGUGUCAGAAAAAUUAUGAACCGUAACAAGUUUAUUUUAAGGAGCAUUUGGCAUGGCUUGGGAGUUGAUUGCUUUUGUGCUUUACACGGCAUGUGAAGAAACAAAUCAAGACAUUAAAAGUUGCUAUAUCUUAUUAAACCAAAAUUGAAUUGGAAUCAUGCCGUCUCGUGAUAGUUGUGAUCUUAAGAGAUGACCUGAUUGAUAUAUUGUUCUUGAAGAAGAAUGGUUCAACAAACACGAUGCAGAGCGGGCUAGCACUCGAUCGAAACUUAGUGAGCAAAGAAAUAUGGGUUUGCACAAUGGUGUAAACAACUAUGGCUUAAUUUUUCUACCUCAUUGGAUUAUACUGUAAAUAUCAGUGAGACUGGUCAAACUAUCCUGUUACGAAAGUAGCUGGUGUUGUCUGUUAAUUGUUGGUUUUUUUCCUUAUUGGAACCACAAUUUGAAAAUGAAAUGCUGAAAAUAUCAGGCGCAGAGGUGUAAUCUGAUGUAUAUUUCUAUAGGGUUCAUGGCCAUGUAAGAGAAUAUUAUCUCGAUAAGCAUCAUUUGUUUAGAGUUUUGAAGACUGGCUUUAAUGAAAGUCUCGGGAGAGUAAUUUUGAAAA